AUUCAACAUAUUUCAACGUAUGUGUUGUAAUAUCCAAUAGAAUGUGUGUGUGAAUGUGAAACCGCCAAGUAAAUAAACGCGAAGAGCCGGUUUUAUUGCUUGUUUUUAAGUAAUCUCUCGCGGUCGCACGCCCAAUAUACCUAUAUACAAGUGUAAGUUGUAAGUGCCUAUAUAAGAUAAGUAUAAUUUUUCCACACGGCAGGUCGGUAUUGUCGGUAGAGAGAGCAGUCGGACGACUCACGACUCACGACAGUGUGUAUACGCCAGGCGAUACAUCGGCACUUGUUAUUUUUGCGUAACUCGGUAUACUUACUUAUCGUAUCGUGGCCUACAAACAUCUUGUUCGCAACGGUAUUAAUCGUGAAUCAGCACAUCUUCGGAUUUUUCUCGAACUAUCUCUCUGAUAUUGUUUCGUUCAAUUAAUCAAGUACCUUCGUUCAGCUUUUACGAAAAAUCAUGGUCAAAGCGGUCUGUGUACUCCAGGGCGACUGCAAGGGUACUUUGUUCUUUGAGCAGGCGGUAAGUGUAUACUUGCAUGACGAUGCAUUACUUGAUUUUAACCCGGCUGAUCCCGUCAAGGUCACCGGUGAGGUAUCCGGCUUGAAACAAGGACUCCAUGGCUUCCAUGUCCAUGAGUUUGGUGACAACACCAAUGGAUGCACUAGCGCUGGGCCGCACUUCAAUCCCCUGGGUAAGGAUCAUGGAGGCCCGACAGACGAGGUGCGCCAUGUAGGAGAUCUUGGCAAUGUAGAAGCUGGUUCUGACGGUUUGGCAAAAGUUAACAUUGCAGACAAGCAGAUUCAACUCCAAGGAGCUCACAGUAUCAUCGGCAGAACUCUUGUUGUUCAUGCAGAUCCUGAUGAUUUAGGAAAGGGUGGUCAUGAACUGUCAAAAACUACUGGAAAUGCAGGCGGACGUUUGGCUUGCGGUGUCAUUGGAAUCACAAAGGCAUAAAUGUACAGUAACAUUCAAGAAACCAACAAGCUGUAGAUUGUUUUUUAUGACACAUGUUAUAGUUGAUAAAAACAAAACUAUCAUUCCUCCAAAUACAACUAGGUCCAACAAAUAUUACAAACAAGGUUUUAUUAUAUUUUUAAAAAUAUGUAUAUUAUCUUGAAGGAUCAGAAUUAGGUUCAUUGUAAUUCAUUUUGGAUAAAAAAAAAUCAAACCAAGAAAUUUA